GGUGGACAUGCUUGUCCAUCACAGCAACUAUGGUCACGGAUUAGCUGAGAAGCAGCAGUAGGUGGGGAAGCUGGCCUAAUACUUCCGUGCAUGCUCAGUGUGGGCGCAGUGACGCAGUCGCGAAGGCAAGCAUGGCGGCUCGGUGCGUGUGGCUCGCGCGGCGCAGUCUCCCGGCGUUGGCGCUGUCUGUCAGGCCUUCUCCUCGCUUGUUGUGCACACUUACAAAACAGACGAACAGUGGCCAGAACCUGGAAGAGGACUUGGGUCAUUGUGAGCCAAAGACAGAGCAACAACCAUCUGCAGACAAGACCCUCCUGGAAGAGAAGGUAAAGCUAGAGGAGCAGCUGAGGGAGACCAUGGAAAAAUACAAACGGGCUUUGGCAGAUACUGAGAAUUUUCGGCAGAGAAGCCAGAAGCUGGUAGAGGAUGCCAAGCUGUUUGGCAUCCAGGGCUUCUGCAAGGACUUGCUAGAGGUUGCAGAUAUCCUGGAAAAGGCAACCCAGAGUGUUCCAAAGGAGGAGAUCACCAACGAUAAUCCCCACUUGAAGAACCUAUAUGAAGGGCUAGUCUUGACUGGAAACAAGAUUCAGAAGGUGUUCACAAAACAUGGCCUGCUCAGGCUUGACCCCACCGGGGUCAAGUUCGACCCUUAUGAACACGAGGCUGUGUUCCACACCCCUGUGGAGGAGGGGAAAGAGCCAGGCACUGUGGCAGUAGUUGAUAAGGUGGGUUAUAAGCUGCAUGGGCGCAUCCUCAGACCAGCUAAGGUGGGGGUAGUGAAGGAAGCUUAGCUGCCUUCCUCGGGGUUCUGGACUUUGUAAGUCACUUGCUAGAACUUGAAAGGCAGAGGCAGGGGCAGGCUUGUAGUUUCUCAUCUGUGAACACAUCUGUCCCUUGCCCAGCCUUGUUGGAAAUUUUAAGCUAAGCAGAACACGAAGCUGCUUGCAUACUGUCAGGGACUCUGGGAGCCUGAUCACUGAGUUUAGCCCCACCUACUUCAGAAGAGGGCCUCAGGAGUAGUAACACUGUAUCUGUUUCACCUGGUGAUAAGUACUUUACACAAAUAAAAGGUCUUUGGCUACA